AUGUCUCCGCUGAAGACCUCAGCCCUGUUCUUGGCUCUUUUCCUCCCGUCGCUGCUUGCUACAGUGGACGACGCCUUGGGCCCACCCAGGAUUGGGUCAUCUACUCCAGACGGUGGCAAUCGUAGCGCCAAAUGUCAGGAAAACACUGAGUGCCAGGAAGGUGUGAUCCUACCUGUGUGGCUCCCUCAGAAUCCUUCUGUCGGAGAUAAGGUGGCCCGGGCCAUCGUUUACUUUGUGGCCCUCAUCUAUAUGUUCCUGGGCAUGUCCAUCAUUGCCGACCGCUUCAUGGCCUCCAUCGAAGUGAUCACCUCUCAGGAAAAAGAGAUCACCAUUAAGAAACCCAACGGGGAGACCACCACCACCACCAUCCGCAUCUGGAACGAGACGGUCUCCAACCUCACCUUAAUGGCCCUGGGGUCCUCUGCCCCCGAGAUCCUCCUUUCCAUCAUUGAGAUCGUGGGUCACGGCUUUCACGCAGGCGACAUGGGUCCCAGCACCAUCGUGGGCAGCGCCGCUUUUAACAUGUUCGUCAUCAUCGCCAUCUGCAUCCACGUGGUCCCUCAAGGGGAGAUACGGCGCAUCAAACAUUUGCGGGUAUUCUUCGUCACGGCAGCCUGGAGCAUCUUUGCUUACAUCUGGUUAUAUCUUAUCCUGGCCUGGUUCUCUCCCGGUGAGGUAGAACUAUGGGAAGGUCUUCUCACCUUCCUGUUUUUCCCAGUCUGUGUACUCCAGGCUUGGGUGGCUGACCGGAGACUCCUCUUCUACAAAUAUGUCCACAAAAAGUACCGGGCCGAUAAAUCACGGGGUCUCAUCAUUGAGAGCGAGGGCGAAGUCGGUUACCCGAAAAUGGACAUCGAGAUGGAUAAUUCGCUAAAGGAAGGCUCUGAAGGUCUGGGGGAUACAGGGAAGGAUCAAGACGAUGAGGCCCGCCGGGACAUGGCUCGGACCUUGCGGGAUCUGAAACAAAAGCACCCCGAAAAGGACAUGGAACAACUGAUCGAAAUGGCCAACUAUCACGUACUCGUUCAGCAGCAGAAGAGCCGAGCUUUCUACCGCAUCCAAGCGACUCGUAUGAUGAUCGGAGCAGGGAACAUUCUCAAGAAACACGCGGCCGAUCAGGCCCGCAAAGCCAUCAGCAUGCAGGAAGUCCAGACAGAGGAAGACGAGUCAGUGACAAAAGUCGGUUUUGAGCCAGCUCAUUAUCAGUGCUUCGAAAACUGUGGCUCGGUGGUCCUGACCGUGGUCCGCCGAGGAGGGGACCUGGCCUGCGUCACUGUGCGAGUGGACUUCCGUACAGAGGACGGAACGGCGAAUGCCGGUUCUGACUAUGAAUUUGCAGAGGGAACCCUGCUCUUCAAGCCAGGAGAGACACACAAGGAACUGCGGGUGGGGAUCAUUGAUGACGAUAUUUUUGAAGAGGACGAGUAUUUUUACGUCCAUCUCAGCAAUGUCAAGGCCACCUGGGCCGAGCCGGGUCCGGAGCCUCCUCCGAAAGCUUGUCUUGCACCUUCCAAGAUGGCCACCGUGACGAUCUUCGACGAUGACCACGCGGGUAUCUUUACCUUUGAGGGACCCUCGAUGCGAGUGAAUGAAAGUGUAGGCGUGGUCCACAUCAAAGUGUUGCGGACUUCGGGGGCCCGCGGACGAGUGGCCAUCCCCUACCACACCAUCGAGGGCACGGCCAAAGCCGGGGAGGAUUACGAGGAAGUCGCUGGCAAAGUGGAGUUUCAGAACGACGAGACGGUAAGAUACAUCGAGAUUAAAAUUAUUGACGAUGAGGAGUAUGAAAAAAAUAAGAAUUUUCACCUGGAAUUGGGACCCCCAGUCAUCUUGGACAUUGGACUCCGGCACGGUGACACCAACGAGAAUCAACUGCCCGCAGGGGAGGAGGAAAAAAUUGCUAAGAUGGGGUACCCCAGUUUGGGAGAAAACGCCAAGCUUGAAGUCAUUAUUGAGGAGUCUUACGAGUUCAAGAGCACUGUGGACAAAUUAAUCAAGAAAACUAACCUGGCUCUCGUAGUGGGAAGCAGCAGCUGGAGGGAGCAAUUUGUAAGCGCCGUGACGGUCAGUGCCGGUGACGACGAGGACGAAGACUCCGGCGAGGACCGCCUCCCUUCCUGCUUCGACUACAUCAUGCACUUCCUCACCGUCUUCUGGAAAGUUCUUUUCGCCUUUGUGCCGCCCACCGAGUACUGGUGCGGCUGGGCCUGCUUCCUCGUCUCCAUCUGCCUCAUCGGGGUGCUGACGGCCCUCACCGAUACCUUUGCCAGCAAGGUGGCUGCCAUCCAAGACCAGUAUGCCGACGCUUCCAUCGGUAACGUGACGGGCAGCAACGCGGUGAAUGUCUUCCUGGGCAUUGGCGUGGCCUGGACCAUCGCCGCCGGCUACUGGGCCAGCCAGGGGAAGCCCUUUGAGGUGCAGCCGGGCAGCUUGGCGUUCUCCGUCACCCUCUUCACCAUCUUUGCCUUCAUCAGCAUCGCCGUGCUGCUGUACCGGCGCCGGCCUCCGGUGGGGGGAGAGCUGGGCGGUCCCCGAACCCCAAAACUUCUAGCCACCCUGCUUUUCGUUAGCCUCUGGCUGGUCUACAUCCUGUUAGCGGCUUUGGAAGCCUAUUGCCAUAUCGAGGGCUUCUGA